CUGGAUCCGACUGUGAGCGAGACAUUCUUUGGCUACGUGGUUGCUAUUUACAGUUUGGGCUCAUGUCUCGCUUCACCAGUGUUUGGCUAUUGGAGCAAUCGAAUCAAGCAGAUACGAAUACCGACGAUUUUUGGUUUAAAUAUGAUGUUAUUGGGUAAUCUGGUAUAUCUUAUUAUUGAUAUUCUCCCGACCGGUCAUCGAUACGGAAUGGCUGCAUCUCGAAUUCUGAUAGGAAUCGGAUCGAGUAAUGCAGUACUACUACGAGCAUACGCUUCCACAGCUUCGAUAUCAGCAGAUCGUUCGAGAUCAAUCGGAUGUGUUGCUGCUGGAAUUGCUGCUGGACUUGUGAUAGGACCAGAACCAUCAAUUCCAGGCCUGCAAGCGUUAUUCACCCCACUGGGUGAAGACGGUAUUCAAUUGCUAUUUGGUUGGUCCCUUGACAUGUACAAAGCUCCGGCACUUCUUGCAUCCAUCGUGAACAUCUGUGGUAUUUUGCUGAUGAGCUUUGUGUUUGAGGAAUCUUACGCCGGUCUCAAAGAAGACAAAGAGGCUAAAGAACUACCACCAGCCGAUUUGAUAGCAGUGGCUGUGUGCAUCGUUACCAGGUUCACUCAACUUUCUGUGUCAACUAAUAUCGAGACGCUAGGUUCUGCUUACUCAAUGCUGAUGUUCGAUUUCUCGGCCACAGAUGCGGUCCGAGUUAACGCCACCUCUCAAGCGGUUCAAGGUGUUGCUGCGGCCAUAAUUCUUCUACCAUUCCUUUUCCUGGACAUCGGCAAAAGAUUGAGGCAACGUACAGUCAACAUCGCUUGUUUAUUGGGUUUCAUCGCUUUUCAUCUGAUCACUUAUCCAUGGGGAUUUUUAAAGGAAGGCUAUGUCACGAAAGGUUUUUGUAACGACAUGGACAAGUCCAAAUUGCGUGUUGUCUUGGAGUACGAGUUCCGCCGUGGAAGCACCGCAGCACAGGCAGUUCGGAAUAUCACCGUCGUCUUUGGAGAGGAUGCCCCUAACGAACGAACAGUACGUCGAUGGUUUGCAAAGUUUGAAUCCGGCGACUUCGAUCUUCAAAAUGAGUCGAGAGGACGGCCCGAGUGCAAGCUGAACAACGAUGAGCUUAAAGCCGUAGUGGAAGCUGAUCCCACUUGCAAAGUACUCGAGAAUUAG